GCUAUUGUUCAAUGAAGAUUAAGUCCGUGAAGCACCGAUUUGGGCAUUUUUAUUUUUGGUCAAUUUUUGGCAGAUUCCCAAAGGGCUACCAUCUCCGAUUUCGGCCGAUUUUUCCGAAAUGUCAUUUUCUUUCGAUUCUGGUGGCUAAAGAUCACGGAUUCAGGUUGAGGCUAUUCAACACGAAUAACGGAGUCUAUUCAUCCUACUCUCCGCGGAUGAUAAAUCCGUUAAGCACCUAUUAGGGGCAAUUUAUUUUCGGAUAGCAUUUUUGUAAUUUUUUGUGCGUCAGAUGCCUAUUUUCUUUGGAUUUUGAAGGCUACAGAUAACGGAUUUGGCCUGAGGCUAUUCUUCAGCGACUUUUAAGUCCGUUAAGCACCGAUUUGGGCGGAUUUAUUCCAGGUUAAUUUUUGACAGAUCCCCAAAGGGGUACCAUCACAGAUUGUGGGCGAUUUUUCCGAAAUACCUCUUUCUUUCGAUUUCUGAGGCUACAUAUCACGAAUUCAAGCUGAGUCUAUCCUCCACGGAUAAUGAAGUAUAUUGAUCCUACUCUCCGUGGAUGAUAAGUCCGUUAAGCACCGAUUUCGGCCAAUUUAUUUUCGGAUGGCAUUUUCGUAAUUUUUUGUGUGUCAGAUGUGCAUUUUCUUUGGAUUCUAAAGGAUACAGGUCACGGAUUCGGCCUGAGCCUAUUCUUCAUCGAAGAUUAAGUCCGUUAAACACCGACUCGGGCGGGAUUAUUCGGGGUCAAUUUUUGGCAGAUUCCCAAAGGGGUACUAUCACCGAUUUCAGGCAAUUUUUCCAAAAUGCCAUUUUUUCGAUUCUCGAGGCUACAGAUCAUGGAUUCAGGCUGAGGCUGUUCUCCACGGAUAAUGAAGCCUGUUGAUCCUACUAUCCAUGGAUAAUAAUUCCGUUAAGCACAAAUUUGGGCCAAUUUAUUUUCGGAUGACAUUUACGUAAUUUUUUGGUCGUAAAAGACCAUUUUCUUUGGAUUUUGAAGGCUACAGAUCACGGAUUCGGCCUGAGGAUAUUCUUCAGCAAUGAUUAAGUUCGUUAACCACCGAUUUGCACGGAUUUAUUCCAGGUCAAUUUUUGGCAGAUUCCAAAGGGUACCAUCACUGAUUUCGGGCGAUUUUUAUGAAAUGCCAAUUUCUUUCGAUCCAGGAGGCCACAAAUCACGGAUUUAGGCCGAGGCUAUUCUCUACGGAUAAUGAAGUCUGUUGAUCCAACUCUCCGCGGAUGAUAAUUCCGUUAAGCACCGAUUUGGGUGUAUUUAUUUUCGGAUGACAUUUUCGUAAUUUUUUGAGCGUCGGAAGGCGAUUUUUUUUGGAUUUUGAAGGCUACAAAUCACGGAUUCAGCCAGAGGAUAUUUUUCAAUGAAGAUUUAGUCUAUUAAGCACUGAUUUAGGUGGAUUUAUUUCGGUUCAAUUUUUGACGGAUUCUCAAAGGGGUACCAUCACCGAUUUCGGGCGAUUUUUUCGAAAUGCUAUAUUCUUUCGAUUCUGGAGGCUACAGAUCACGAAUUCAUAUCAAGGCUAUUCUCCACGGAUAAUGAAGUCUAUUCAUAAUACUCUCCGCGGAUUAUAAGUCCGUUAAGCACCGAUUUGGGCCAAUUUAUUUUCGGAUGACAUUUUCGUAACUUUUUGUACGUCGGAUGUCCAUUUUCUUUGGAUUUUGAAAGAUACAGAUCACGGAUUCGGCCAUAGGCUAUUCUUCACCGGUGAUUAAGUAUGUUAAGCACCAAUUUGGGCCGAUUUAUUCCAAUUCAAUUUUUGGUAGAUUCGCAAAGGGGUACCAUCACCUAUUUCGGGCGAUUUUUCUGAAAUGCUAUUUUCUUUCCAUUCUACAGACUACAAAUCACGAAUUCAGGCCGAGGGGCAAGGCUAUUCUCCACUGAUAAUGAAGUCCAUUCAUCCUACUCUCCGCGGAUGAUAAGUCCUUUAAACACUGAUUUGGGCCAAUUUAUUUUAGGAUGGCAUUUUCGUAAUUUUUUGGGCGUCAGAUGGCCAUUUUCUUUGGAUUUUGAACGCUACAGAUCACUGAUUCAGCCUGAGGCUAUUCUUUAGCGGUGAUUUAGUUCGCUAACCACCGAUUUGGGAGGAUUUAUUCCGGGUCAAUUUUUGGAAGAAUCCGAAAGGGGGUACCAUCACCGAUUUUGGGCGAUUUUUCCGAAAUACAAAUUUCUUUGGAUUCUGGAGGCUACAUAUCACGGAUUCAGGCUGAGACUAUUCUCCACAAAUAAUGAAGUCUAUUCAUCCUACUCUCCACGGAUGAUAAGUCUGUUAUGCACCGAUUGGGACCAAUUUAUUUUUUUAUGGCAUUUUCGUAAUUUAUGGGCGUCAGAAGGCUAUUUUCUUCGAAUUUAGAAAGCUAUAGGUCACGGAUUCGGCCUGAGCCUAUUCUUCAUCGAAGAUUAAGUCUGUUAAGCACCGAUUCGGGCGGAAUUAUUCGGGGUCAAUUUUUGGCUGAUUUCCAAAGGGGUACCAUCACCGAUUCCAGGCAAUUUUUUCAAAAUGUCGUUUUCUUUCGAUUCUCGAGGCUACAGGUCAUGGAUUCAGGCCGAUGCUGUUCUCCACGGAUAAUGAAAGCUGUUGAUCCUACUCUCCGCGGAUAAUAAUUCAGUUAAGCACAAAUUUGGGCCAAUUUAUUUUCGAACGACAUUUUCGUAAUUUUUUGGGCGUCAAAAGACCAUUUUCUUUGGAUUUUGAAGGCUACAAAUCACAAAUUCAGCCUGAGGAUAUUCUUCAGCAAUGAUUAAGUUUGUUAAGCACCGAUUUUCACGAGUUUGUUCCAGGUCAAUUUUUGGCAGAUUCCGAAGGGUACCAUCACAGAUUUCGGGCGAAUUUUCUGAAAUGCCAUUUUCUUUAGAUUCUGGAGGCCACAGAUCACGGAUUCAAACCGAGGCUGUUCUCCACAGAUAAUGAAGUCUGUUGAUCCUACUCUUCGCGGAUGAUAAUUCCGUUAAGCACCUAUUUUGGCCUAUUUAUUUUCGGAUAGCAUUUUCGUAAUUUUUUUAGCGCCGGAAGGCGAUUUUCUUUGGAUUUUGAAGGCUACAAAUCACGGAUUCUACCUGAGACUAUUCUUCAACGAAGAUUAAGUCUGUUAAGCACCGAUUUAGGCAAAUUUAUUCCAAGUUAAUUUUUGGCAGAUUCCCAAAGGGGUACCAUCACCGAUUUCGGGCGAUUUUUUUGAAAUGCCAUUUUCUUUCGAUUUUGGAGGCUACAAAUCACGAAUUCACGCCAAGGCUAUUCUCCACGGAUAAUGAAGUCUAUUCAUCCUAUUCUCCGCGGAUGAUAAGUCUGUUAAGCACCGAUUUGGGCCAAUUUAUUUUCGUAAUUUUUUGUGCGUCGGAUGUCCAUUUUCUUUGGAUUAUGAAGGAUACAAAUCACGGAUUCGGCCAGAGGCUAUUCUUUAGUGGUGAUUUUGUUUGCUAACCUCCGAUUUGGGCGGAUUUAUUCUGGGUCAAUUUUUGGCAGAUUCUCAAAAGGGUACCAUCACCGAUUUUGGGCGAUUUUUCCGAAAUGUCAUUUUCUUUCGAAUCUGGAAGCUACAGAUCACGAAUUUAGGUUGAGACUAUUCUUCACGAAUAAUGAAGUCCAUUCAUCCUACUCUCCGCGGAUGAUAAGUCUGUUAAGCACCUAUUUGGACCAAUUUAUUUUUUGAUGGCAUUUUCGUAAUUUUAUGGACGUCGGAAGACCAUUUUCUUUGGAUUUUGAAAACUACAGGUCAUGGAUUUAGUUUGAGGCUAUUCUUUAGCGAAGAUUAAGUCGUCAAGCAGCGAUUUUGGCGGAUUUAUUUCGGAUCAAUUUUUGGCUGAUUCCCAAAGGGGGAUUUCGAGUGAUUUUUCCGAAAUGCGAUUUUCUUCCUAUUCUAGAGGCUACAGAUCACGGAUUCAUGCCGAGGCUAUUCUCCAUGGAUAAUGAAGUCUAUUGAUCCUACUCUCAGCGGAUGAUAAUCUAUUAAGCACCGAUUUGGGCCAAUAAUUUUAUGGAUGGCAUUUUCGUAAUUUUUUGGGCGUCAGAAGGCCAGAAUCUUUGGAUUUUGAAGGAUACACAUUACGGAUUCGGCCUAAGGCUAUUCUUCAGCGAAGCUUAAGUCCGUUAAGCACCGAUUUGGGCGGAUUUAUUCCGGGUCAAUUUUUGGCACAUUUCCAAAGGGGUACCAUCACGGAUUUCGGGCAUUUUUUCCGAAAUCCCAUUUUCUUUCGAUUCUGGAGGCUACAGAUCACGGAUUCAGGCCAAGGAUAUUCUCCACGGAUAAUGAACUCUAUUCAUCCUACUCCCCGUGGAUGGAAAGUCUAUUAAUCUCCGAUUUGGGCAAAUGAUUUUUUGAUGACAUUUUCGUAAUUUUUUAUGCGUCGGAUGUCCAUUUUCUUUGGAUUUUGAAGGCUACAGAUCACGUAUCCGGCCUGAGGCUUUUCUUCAACGAUGAUUAGUUCGGUUAAGCACCGAAUUUUGAGGAUUUAUUCCGGGUCAAUUUUUGGCAGAUUCCCAAAGGGGUUUCAUCACCGAUUUCAGGCGAUUUUUCCGAAAUACCAUUUUCUUUCGUUUCUCGAGGCUUAAAAUCACGGAUUUAGGCCUAUAGGCUAUUCUCCCCGGACAAUGAAGUCUAUUGAUCCUACUCUCCGCGGAUAAUAAUUCCGUUAAACACCAAUUUGGGCCAAUUUAUUUUCGGAUGGCAUUUUCUUUAUUUUUUGGGCGCGAGAUAGCCAUUUUCUUUGAAUUUUGAAGACUACAGAUCACAGAUUCGGCUUGUGGAUAUUCUUCAGCAAUGAUUAAGUUUGUUAAGCACCGAUUUGCACGGAUUUAUUAUUGGCUAAUUUUUGGCAGAUUCCAAAGUGGUACAUUCACAGUUUUCCGGCGAUUUUUCCGAAAUGCCAUUUUCUUUUGAUUUUGAAGGCCACAGAUCACGGACUCAGGCCAGGCUAUUCUCCACGGACAAUGAAGUCUGUUGAUCCUACUCUCCGCGGAUGAUAAUUCCGUUAAGCACCUAUUUUGGCAUAUUUAUUUUCGGAUGACAUUUUCGUAAUUUUUUCUGCGUCGUAAGGCGAUUUUCUUUGGAUUUUGAAUGAUACAGAUCACGGAUUCGGCCUGAGGCUAUUCUUCAACGAAGAUUAAGUCCGUUAAGCACCAAUUUAGGCGGAUUUAUUCUGGGUUAAUUUUUUGCAGAUUCACAAAGGGGUACCAUCACUGAUUUCUGGCAAUUUUUACGAAAUGUCAUUUUCUUUCGAUUCUGGAGGCUACAAAUCACGGAUUCAGGCCGAGGCUAUUCUCCACUGAUAAUAAAGUCUAUUCAUCCUACUCUCCGCGGAUGAUAACUCCGUUAAGCAUCAAUUUGGGUCAAUUUAUUUUCGGAUGACAUUUUCCUAAUUUUUUGUGCAUCGAAUGUCCAUUUACUUUGGAUUUUGAAGGCCACAGAUCACGGAUUCUUCCUGAGGCUAUUUUUCAGCGAUGAUUAAGUCCGUUAAGAAACGAUUUGGGCGGAUUUAUUCAGAGUCAAUUUUUGGCAGAUUCCAAAGGGGAACCAUCACAGAUUUUAGGAGAUUUUUCCACAAUGCCAUUUUCUUUCGAUUCUUAAGGCCACAGAUCACGGAUUCAGGUCGAGACUAUUCUCCACGGAUAAUGAAGUCUGAUGAUCCUACUUUCCGCGAAUGAUAAUUCCGUUAAGCACCAAUUUGGGCCUAAUUAUUUUCGGAUGGCAUUUUCGUAAUUUUUUGAGCGUCGGAAGACGAUUACUUUGAAUUUUGAAGGCUACAGAUCACGGAUUCAGUCUGAGGCUAUUCUUAACAAAGAUUAAGUCAGUUAAGCACCGAUUUUUGCGGAUUUAUUCCGAGUCAAUUUUUGGCAGAUUCCCAAAGGGCUACUAUCACCGAUUUCGGCGAUUUUUCCGAAAUGCCAUUUUCUUUCGAUUUUUGAGGCUACAAAUCACGAAUUCAGGCCAAGGCUAUACUCCACGGAUAAUGAAGUCUAUUCAUCCUACUCUCCGCGGAUGAUAAGUCCGUUAAGCACCGAUUUGGGCCAAUUUAUUUUUUGAUGACAUUUUCGUAAUUUUUGUUCGUCGGAUGUCCAUUUUCUUUGGAUUUUGAAGGAUACAGAUCACAGAUUCGGCCAGAGGCUAUUAUUUAGCGGUGAUUAACUUUGCUAACCACCGAUUUGGGCGUAUUUAUUCCGGGUCAAUUUUUGCGAGAUUCUUAAGUGGGUACCAUCACCGAUUUUGGGCGAUUUUUCCGAAAUGGCAUUUUCUUCAAUUCUGGAGGCUAGAGAUCACGGAUUUAGGCUGAUACUAUUCUCCACGAAUAAUGAAGUACAUUCAUCCUUCUCUCCGCGGAUGAUAAGUCUGUUAAGCACUGAUUUGGGCCAAUUUAUUUUGUUGAUGGCAUUUUCAUAAUUUUAUGGACAUCGGAAGACCAUUUUCUUUGGAUUUUGAAAGCUACAGGUCACAGAUUCGGUUUGAGGCUGUUAUUUAGCGAAGGUUAAGUCGUUAAGCACCUAUUUGGGCGGAAUUAUUCCGGGUCAAUUUUUGGCAGAUUCCCAAAGGGGUACAAUCACCGAUUUCCAGUGAUUUUUCCUAAAUGCGAUUUUCUUCCUAUUCUAGAGGCUACAGAUCACGGAUUCAUGCCGAGGCUCUUCUCCAUGGAUAAUGAAGUCUAUUGAUCCUACUCUCCGCGGAUGAUAAGUCUAUUAAGCACCGAUUUGUGCAAAUAAUCUUUCCGAUGGCAUUUUUCGUAAUUUUGGGCGUCAGAAGGCCAUUUUCUUUAGAUUUUGAAGGAUACUGAUCACGGAUUCGGCCUAAGGCUAUUCUUUAGCGAAGAUUAAUUCCGUUAAGCACCAAUUUGGGCGAAUUUAUUCCGGGUAAGUUUUUGGCAGAUUCCAAAGAGGUACCAUCACAGAUUUCGGUCGAUUUUUCGAAAUGUCAUUUUCUUUCGAUUCUAGAGGCACAAAUCAUUGAUUCAGGUCGAGGCUAUUCUCCACGGAUAAUGAAUACUGUUGAUUCUAUUCUCUGCGGAUGAUAAUUCCGUUAAACACCGAUUUGGGCAUAUUUUUGGGUGUCAGAAGGCCAUUUUCUUUGGAUUUUGAAGACUACAGAUCACAGAUUUGGCAUGUGGCUAUUCUUCAACGAAUAUUAAGUCUACUAAGCACCGAUUUAGACAAAUUUAUUCCGGGUCAAUUUUUGGCACAAUCCCAAAGGGGUACUAUCACCGAUUUCGGGCGAUUUUUCCAAAAUGUCAUUUUCUUUCGAUUCUAGAGGCUACAGAUCACGGAUUCAGGCUGAGACUAUUCUCCACGAAUAAUGAAUUCUAUUAAUCCCACUCUCCGCGGAUAAUAAUUCCGUUAAGCACCGAUUUGUGCCAAUUUAUUUUCGAAUGGCAUUUUCUUAAGCAAUGAGGUUAUUCUUCAGCAAUGAUUAAGUUCGUUAAGCACCGAUUUCCACGUAUUUAUUCCUGGUAAACUUUUGGCAGAUUCCCAAGGGGUAGAUUCACAAUUUUCGUGCGAUUUUUCCGAAAUGCCAUUUUGUUUCGAUUUUGGAGGCCACAGAUCACAGACUCAGACCGAGGCUAUUCUCCACGGACAAUGAAGUCUGUUGAUCCUACUCUCUGCGGAUGAUAAUUCCGUUAUGCACCUAUUUUGGCCUAUUUAUUUUCGGAUUGCAUUUUUCGUAAUUUUUUGGGCGUCGUAAGGCUAUUUUCUUUGAAUUUUGAAGGAUACAUAUAACGGAUUCUGCCUUAGGCUAUUCUUCAACAAAGAUUAAGUCCGUUAAGCACCGUUUUAGGCCGAUUUAUUCUGGGUUAAUUUUUGGCAGAUUCCCAAAGGGCCCGAUUUCUGGCAAUUUUUCCUAAAUGCCAUAUUCUUUCGAUUCUAGAGGCUACAAAUCACGGAUUCAGGCCGAGGCUAUUCUCCACGGAUAAUGAAGUCUAUUCAUCCUACUCUCCGCGGAUGAUAACUCCGUUAAGCAUCAAUUUUAGCAAUUUAUUUUCGGAUGAUAUUUUCGUAAUUUUUUGUGUGUCGGAUGUCCAAUUUCUUUGGAUUUUGAAGGCUACAGAUCACGGAUUCGGCCUGAGGCUAUUCUUAAUCGGUGAUUAAUUCCGUUAAGCAGCAAUUUUAGCAAAUUUAUUCCAGGUCAAUUUUUGGCAGAUUCCCAAAGGGGUACUAUCACCGAUUUCGGGCAAUUUUCCGAAAUGCCAUUUUCUUUCGCUUCUCGAGGCUACAGAUCACGGAUUCUGGCCUAGGCUAGUCUCCACGGAUAAUAAAGCCUGUUGAUCCUACUCUCUGCGGAUAAUAAUUCCGUUAAACACAAAUUUGUGCCAAUUUAUUUUCGUAUGACAUUUUCGUAAUUUUUUGGACGUCAGAAGGCCAUUUUCUUUGGAUUUUGAAGGCUACGGAUCACGAAUUCGACCUGAGGAUAUUCUUCAGCAAUGGUUAAGUUUGUUAAGCACCGAUUUGCACGGAUUUAUUCCUGGUCAAUUUUUGGCAGAUUCCAAAGGGGUACAUUCACAGUUUUCGUGCGAUUUUUCCAAAAUGUCAUUUUCUUUCGAUUCUCGAGGUUACAGAUCACGGAUUCAGGAUGCGGCUGUUGUCCACGGAUAAUGAAGUCAGUUGAUCCUACUCUCCGCGGAAAAUAAUUCCGUUAAGCACACAUUUGGGCCAAUUUAUUUUCGGAUGACAUUUUCGUAAUUUCUUGGGCGUCAGAAGGCCAUUUUCUUUGGAUUUUGAAGGAUAAAAAUUAUGGAUUAGACCCUAGGCUAUUCUUUAGCGGUAAUUUUCGGCAAUUUUUUCGAAAUGCCAUUUUUUCGAUUCUAGAUGCUACAAAUCACAGAUUCGUUCUGAGACUAUUCUCCAUGAGCAAUGAAGUCUAUUCAUCCUACUCUCCGCUGAGGCUAUUCUUCAGCGAAGAUUAAGUUCGUUAGGCACCGAUUUGAGCGGAUUUAUUCCGGAUCAAUUUUUGGCAGAUUCCCAAAGGGGUACCAUCACCGAUUUUGGGCAAUUUUUCCGAAAUUCCUUUUCUCUCUCGAUUCUGGAGGCUACAGAUCACGGAUUCAGACCGAGGCUAUUAUCCACGGAUAAUGAAACCUAUUCAUCCUACUCUUCGCGGGUGAUAAGUCUGUUAAGCACUGAUUUGGGCCCAAUUAUAUUCAGAUGGCAUUUUCAUAAUUUUUUGUGCGUCGGAUAUCCAUUUUCUUUGGAUUUUGAAGGCUACAGAUCACAGCUUCGGCCUGAGGCUAUUCUUCAACGAUGAUUAAUUUCGUUAAGCACCAAAUUAAGCGAAUUUAUUCCGGGUCAAUUUUUGGCAGAUUCCCAAAGGUGUACCAUCACCGAUUUCGGGCAAUUUUUCUGAAAUGCCAUUUUCUUUCGAUUCUCGAGGCUACAUAUCACAUAUUCAGGCCUAGGCUUUUCUCCACGGAUAAUAAAGUCUGUUGAUCCUACUCUCCGCGGAUAAUAAUUCCGUUAAGCACAAAUUUGGUCCAAUUUAUUUUAGAAUGACAUUUUCAUAAUUUUUUGGCCGUCAGAAGGCCAUUUACUUUGGAUUAUGAAGGCUACAGAUCACGAAUUCGACCUGAGGAUAUUCUUCAGCAAUGGUUAAGUUCGUUAAGCACUAAUUUGCACAGAUUUAUUUCGAGUCAAUUUUUGGCUGAUUCAAAGGGGUACCAUCACAGAUAUCAGUCAAUUUAUCCGAAAUGCUAUUUUCUUUUGAUUCUGGAGGCCACAGAUCACGGAGUCAAGCCGAGGCUAUUCUCUACGGAUAAUGAAGUCUGUUGAUCCUACUCUCUGCGGAUGAUAAUUUCGUAAAGCACCGAUUUGGGCCUAUUUAUUUUCGGAUGAUAUUUUCGUAAUUUUUUGAGCAUCGGAAGGCGAUUUCUUUGGAUUUUGAAGGCUACAGAUCACGGAUUCGGCCUGUGGCUAUUCUUCAACGAAGAUUAAAUCUGUUAAGCACCGAUUUAGGCGGAUUUAUUUCGAGUCAAUUUUUGGCAAAUUCCCAAUGGGGUAUCAUCACCGAUUUCAGGCAAUUUUUCCGAAAUGCCAUUUUCUUUAAUUUCUUGAGGCUACAGAUCACGGAUUCAGGCCUAGGCUGUUCUCCACGGAUAAUGAAGUCUGUUGAUCCUACUCUCCACCGAUAAUAAUUCCGUUAAGCACAUAUUUGGGCCAAUUUAUUUUCGGAUAACCUUUUCAUAAUUUUUUGGGCAUCAGAAGGCCAUUUUCUUUGGAUUUUGAAGGCUACAGAUCACAGAUUCGGCCGGAGGAUAUUUUUUUGCAAUAAUUAAGUUCGUUAAGCACCGAUUUGCACGGAUUUAUUUAGGGUCAAUUUUUGGAAGAUUCCAAAGGGGUGCCAUCACAGAUUUCGGGCGAUUUUUCCGAAAUAUCAUUUUCUUUCGAUUCUCGAGGCUACAAAUCAGGGAUUCAGGAUGAGGCUGUUCUCCACGGAUAAUGAAGUCUGUUGAUCCUACUCUCCACGGAAAAUAAUUCCGUUAAACACAAAUUUGGGCUAGAAUGACAUUUUAUUUGGAUUUUGAAGGCUACAGAUCACAGAUUUCGGCCUGACUAUAUUCUUCAGCAAUGAUUAAGUUCAUUAAGCACCAAUUUGCACGGAUUUAUUUCGAGUAAAUUUUUGGCAGAUUCCAAAGGGGUACCAUUACAGAUUUUGUGAGAUUUUUCCGCAAUGCCAUUUUCGUUCGAUUCUUGAGGCAACAGAUCACGGAUUCAGGCCUAGGCUUCUCUCCACUGAUAAUGAAGUCUGUUGAUUCUA